AUCGUGGCCAAUCAGCUUGGAGUCACACAUACUUGUAAAGAUGGCGACGGUGAGGCACAGAGGAGUGAAAACUGGACGCUUUACCGUUAUUAAACACCGCUGGUCCAGACACCGUAAGAAUUGACACGGCAGCGGGAGCGAAAGUGAAUCGACCCAUUUGUCAGCAGCAGCAAGCUGUUUAGUGCUGCGUGCUGUCGCUGCGGGCCUGGUUGCUUCUGUUUUCGGUUAGGCUGUCGUUGCCUUGGAUAGCUCAUUAGCUUCAAGUUGGAAAGCGAAUGCUAACAGAGGGCUAGCUAGCUGUGUAGCUCCAUCGGCUGCUGGAAGCUCUCUGUACGGCAUUCAUGGAUUUAUAACCUGACCAGGGGCGAACGCUGGACUGCAUGUGCAUUUUUUUUAAGUUUUCAUUUUUUACGGAAACAGCGCCCAUGACUCGCUUGGAUUAAACACUUUAGGGGGAAUACGGUGCACAGACGAUCUGGCAUUGCGACACUGUUUGGAGUGUCGAGGCGGAGUGAGUUUGCCGUCAUGUAUUUUCUAACCGGCUGGCCCCGGAGGCUGCUUUGUCCGCUGAGGAGUGAAGAGGAGCCCUUCCACAUCCAGCCCAGCUCCCAGAGGUUUUACUUCGCCGUGCUGUCGGAGACACAGCUCAGCAUUUGGUUUAGUCGGCCCAGUGUUUUGAUAGUCAGCUAUAUCGAGUCUGCAAAGGCGGCUGCCCAGUUUGGCUUCUACCAGAAGGCAGAAUGGAAACCAGACGACUCCAUGAUAGCUGUGGCGACUGCCAAAGGCUACAUUCUCUUGUUUGAUGUGCUGGGUGGAGGGGAUGACAAGUCCCUCUAUGAGCCUGUCUAUCCAAAAGGAAGUCCUCGUGUGAAGGUGACCCCGGGUUAUAAGGAGGAGCAAUGUGCCCCCGCACUCUCUUUAGAGAUGAAGAAGCCUGUGGAUCUUGAGGCCCCCAUCACCAGUCUGCAGUCCCUCCAGAAGGACUUAUUGGUGUGCACUGCAGACGGCUACCUCCAUGUGCUGCACUGGGACGGGCUAGGCAGCAACGGACGCAAGGCCAUCUGCCUCACUACAAUCCCCUUCUCGCUAGACCUGCAGUCUGCUCGAGGUGGUCCCUCUCUGGACCUGGAGGGAGUGUAUAUCCGUUGUAUGGAGUAUUGUGUGACCCUGGACGGCUUUGCUGUGGUUCUGAGUGACGGACGCUUGGGCUUUAUCACACCGCUCAGUAACACCAUCACCGCAGAUCAGCUGCAGGGCGUCUGGGCAGCAGAUGUGACUGAUGGCACCUGUGUGGCUGUCAACAACAAGUACAGACUGAUGGCCUUUGGCUGUGCCAGCGGCUCAGUGCUGGUGUACAUGAUAGACACCACGACAGGAUCCAUGCAGCUCUCCCACAAACUGGAGCUCACCCCAAAACACUAUCCAGACAUCUAUAACAAGACGGGUCCAGUCAAGCUGAUCUGCUGGUCACCUGACUACAGUGUUGCCAUGGUUACAUGGGAGUGUGGUGGCCUAUCGCUGUGGAGUGUCUUCGGAGCCCACCUCAUCUGCACUCUGGGAGAGGAUUUUGCGUAUCGCUCUGAUGGUACCAAAAAGGACCCUAUUAAAAUUAGCUCUAUGUGCUGGGGAGCAGAGGGCUACCACCUAUGGGUGCUCCCGAACAAACCGGAGAGGGGAAGGCAGGAGGAACCGCAGCAAGAGGAGGAGGAGAUAGUCACACCUCCCCACCCCUCCCUGCAGGCUGGCAUACUGCAAUUCCACUUCAUUAAGAGUGCCCUCACAGUCAACCCCUGCACGAGUAACCAGGAGCAGGUGUUGCUCCAUGGUGAAGACCGCCUCUACCUGACCUGUGGUGACCCCUCGCAGGUCCACAGCACCUCUGACACACAUCCGCACACACACUUACACCCACACGAUGGCAGCCCGCUGCACCAUCCCCCCAACCCCGACUCCUCUCUCUCUCAGGGACUAAGCACUUUAUUGGGACACAAGCACUGGCAUGUGGUCCAGAUUCACAUCACCUACCUAGAGAGCAACUGGCCUAUACGGUUUGCAGCCAUAGAUACAGCAGGCAGGUGCAUGGCUGUAGCAGGGAGGCGGGGCUUUGCACACUACUCCUUAUUCACAAGGAAAUGGAAGCUGUUUGGAAACAUCACUCAGGAGCAGAACAUGACAGUGACGGGAGGUCUGGCUUGGUGGAAGGACUUUGUGGUGGUGGCCUGUUACAAUUUUAUAGACCAGCAAGAGCAGUUGAGGCUCUAUCAACGCUCAUCCAACCUGGACAACGCUUUUGCAUCCGUGACUAAGCUGCAAUCAGACACUCUGUUGCUCAAUGUCUUCAGAGACAUGAUCAUCCUGUUCAGAGCGGACUGCUCCAUCUGCCUCUAUAGCAUAGAGAGGAGGAACGACAGUCCACACCCGACAGCCAGCGUGGAGUUGUUGCAGGAGGUGUCAAUGUCUCGCUACAUCCCUCACCCUGCCCUCGUGGUUUCUGUCACACUCACCUCUGUGCGCACAGAGACUGGCAUCACAUUGAAAGCCCCGCAGCAGGCCUGCAUGGCAGAGAGCAUCAUGUUGAAUCUGGCUGGCCAGUUGAUCAUGCUACAGAGGGACCGUUCAGGACCGCAGGUACGAGAGAAGGAGACGCCUGCCAACAACAAGAAGCUGCUACCAUUUUGUCCUCCGGUGGUGCUGGCCCAGUGUGUGGAGAAUGUCUGGACCACCUGUCGCUCCAACAGGAAGAAGCGCCACCUGCUGGAGGCCCUGUGGUUGUCUUGCGGUGAGGCGGGCAUGAAAGUCUGGCUGCCGCUGUUUCCCCGAGACCAUCGCAAGCCCCACUCCUUUCUCUCCAGGCGCAUCAUGCUGCCCUUCCACAUCAACAUCUACCCGCUCGCUGUGCUUUUCGAGGAUGCCCUGGUACUGGGGGCAACCAAUGAGACUGUGCUCUACGAUGGGCUGCAGGGAUCCUCUGAGCCUCUGGAGGCGCUGUUCCCCUACUGCACCGUAGAGAGGACCUCCCAGAUCUACCUCCAUCACAUCCUGAGGCAGCUGCUGGUCCGCAACCUUGGUGAACAGGCUUUGAUGCUGGCUCAGUCGUGUGCCUCCCUCCCCUACUUCCCGCAUGUCAUGGAGCUGAUGGUGCACGUCGUGCUGGAAGAAGAGGCCACAUCGCGGGAGCCCAUCCCCGACCCUCUGCUGCCCACCGUGGCCAAGUUCAUCACCGAGUUCCCCCUCUUCCUCCAGACCAUCGUCCACUGUGCAAGGAAGACGGAGUACGCCCUGUGGAACUACCUGUUUGCCGCUGUGGGAAACCCCAAAGAUCUGUUUGAGGAGUGUCUCAUGGCUCAGGACCUGGACACCGCAGCCUCCUAUCUGAUUAUACUGCAGAACAUGGAGGUCCCAGCGGUGAGCAGACAACACGCCACUCUACUCUUUAACACGGCACUUGAGCAGGGCAAAUGGGACCUCUGCCGGCACAUGAUCCGAUUCCUCAAAGCUAUUGGCUCUGGAGAGAUGGAGACUCCGCCCCCAACACCCACCACUCAGGAACCCAGCUCAACGGGCGGUUAUGAGUUCUUCAGAAAUCGAAGUAUCAGUUUGUCACAGUCGGCAGAUGCCAUCACUACGGGCAAGUUCAACCUGCAGAAGACCUUCAGUAUGCCCUCUGGACCAUCAUCUAAAGGUCGGGAUGCGGAGUGCGCGGAGAACAUGUAUAUUGACAUGAUGCUCUGGCGCCACGCCCGCCACCUCCUGGAGCAGGUACGCCUCCGCGACCUGGGUUGCUUCUCUGCACAGCUGGGCUUCGAACUCAUCGGCUGGUUGUGUCGCGAACGAAACCGCGUGGCCCGAGUUGAGGAUUUUGUUUCUGCGCUGAAGAGACUCCAUAAGGAUUUUCUCUGGCCCUUCCCUGUUAUUCCUGUGGGCAGCGUCAGCUCGCCUCUGAAGAACGGACGGUGUCGCCCGGUGCUGAGCACGCAACUGUUGAAGUCGCAGUCAGCUGACAGCCUGUUGAACAGCGACAUGGACACGGCACCCCCUCAGGCAGCUUCCAGCAACCUCACCUGGCUGGACGGGCUCGGCCAGAGGGCCAAAGACAUGGACACGGCGUCGUCUGCUCACUCCAACCAACACUCGCCGCAGACACAUGAUGCGUUCCUGUCCCUGCUCACCAACAAAGUGGAAGAGUACAGUGUCGGCUCGGCCACAGACCUGACAGAGACCAGCUCGGUGGUGGAUGGGGAUUGGACGAUGGUUGAUGAGAACUCCUCCACUCUGAGCCUGAGCCAGGCCGAGUUGGAGCACAUCUCCAUGGAGCUGGCCAACAAAGGCCCACACAAGUCCCAGGUGCAGCUCAGGUAUCUCCUUCAUGUGUUCAUGGAGGCGGGCUGUCUGGAGUGGUGUGUAGUGAUUGGUUUGAUCCUGCGGGAUGCCAGCGUCAUAAAGCAGGUGAUUGGCUUCCUGGACAGCCCCGAGGUUCCCCAAGAAACUGUGCAGAGUAUCCGCAACGGCUUAUUGGCUGUCGACACAUGGGUCUCCACUAACUGCCUGGGUUACAAACCAUUUCUCCACCUGAUCCAGCCGCAGCUGCAGGAGCUGAUGGAUUCAGCAGCUGAGCAGGUGCAGCCUGAGUCCUUCCAGCCCACCGGCCAGAGCUCCAAGCUCAGCGGCUCCGAAGGGCUGGGAGGUGCUGCGCUACCGCGGCCGGAGGACAGUAGAGGAGUAGCGGCUCCGCUUGGCCUGGCCCUGCCCUCCCUCGAACCUGUGGGAGGUUUUCCCCGCCCACCCUCUGAGGACUGCCCUCCUGAACAGACAGAGGAGCAGGGAGAGGAGGAGGGAGCCUACGACUGCACCUUGUCCUGAAGCCGGUGUGUGUGUGUGUG